UAGGUUUCACCACGCCUUUGUUGAAGACAGCAAAACGUUUAGAAAACAAGAAUACGAGACAGCUUCCAAUCAGCAUCGCUGCUCUGCACGCCCCCCUCAACCCAAACAUCAAACAGCUCGCACAGAGCGGGUCACCAAUCAACUCGCUGGAUAUGGUUUGAAUGCAUGUUAAUAGGCUACGAUAGCCAAUCGGCGCUCAGGACUCGCCAUCAUGAUCGGUGAUAUUGAGUAAAGGAACGAAUCUGGUUCGAACUAGUUGGUUUGGAUGUAUUAACGUUCUAUAGUUGUAUUGUAACAAGGUAAUAUAUAUUUUAAACAAACCCUCCAAACAUGCCUAAGAAGGCGUCGCUACCACCACCUAGUCAUAUGCAAUUGAGGAAGAGAAGUAUAAAACCACCCAAUGAAAACCCAAAAAAGAAACCGACUCCUCAAAAAAAAACCAAGGCCAGAACAGCAAAAGCAAAUCCUCCACAAGCUAAUCAAGAAGCCACUGAUGAUUCUGUACCUGCAGAAAAUGGUGAACGGAAAAACAAUGAGGAGGAAGACUGGCAUUUGCGUACUACACAUCAGUCAGCAUUUCUUGAAAUGUAUCAAGCGGAGAUCACCAGUACAUGGACACUGAAAAAAUGAAGGAGAUGUAUUACUGUUUUCAAUUAAAAAAAAAAAUUGUCAUCUGUUAUUAACAGAAAUAGUAAAUGCUGAUUGCUUACAUUUUGAAAUUCCUUACAUUGAGAGAGAAAUAAAUGGUAAGAGAUGGAUUAAUGCAAAUACAAAAAAGCAUUGAUAGUUUUUAUUGAAAUAAUUUAUGUUGACAAGAUCGGUUAUGCCAUAAUUGAUCGUGUUCCCACCUCUAAAUCUCCAAAUUCCAGGUUAAAUCACCAAACCAAUAUUUCAGCAGAAAAAAAGACUGACACACUAGUGUACUACUAAAGGGAUGCUGCACUGUUGGAAGUGCCAUCUUUUGGAUCAGCUAUUAAACUUAGGCAUCAUCUACGUGCUUUAUUGGAUAUAAAGAAACCAUGGUACUAUUUUAAAGAAGUGGUAUGAAGGGAUUAUCCCUGAUGUCUUGGCAAAUGUUUUAAAAAUAACUAUCUGGUCAUUGUCACAUUGUGUGUGGAAGUUGAUGGAGUACAUAUUGGCUGCUAUGUUUCCUGACCAUACUUCCUUUAAAUACUCCAUUGGUUAUAAAGUGCUUUGAGAGGUCCUGUGAUCAUGAAAAAGAGCUAUAUAAAUGUAAGUCUUUCCUUCUUUGAGUCUGUGUUCUGAAUUAGUCCUCAUUCUCUUACUUAGUUUUAUCUGAUGACUACGCUUUUUGGGCAAGGAAUUUCAGAGCAGCUUUUCUAGGUCUGCCACCAGAAUUUUUCUGCAAAUACAAUAGAAACCAUAAUUAGAUGGGUCGACUCUGAGGAAGUUAUUAGCCUUGGUCUUGACUUUAUAGUUUGUCUUCUAAGACGUGUAAGUGCAAAGUUCUGGGAAAGUAAAUAGUACAGACAUCCGAUCUGUCACUACUAUGAAAGUCUUUCUCUUUGCCUUUGUGAAAAUGGAGAUAAUGAUAGAAGGUAUAGUUCCA